AUGUCCCUCUUCCUUCUGCUUUUGACCCUGCUACGAACGACCCUCGUCGUCGCGCAUUUCAAGCCUGAUCAUGACGAGCAAGUUGUCUUCGAUGCUCAACCGACGAAGAGGAUAGCCGUCGUCGGCGCAGGUGCGGCUGGCAUUGGUACUCUAAAGGCUAUCAUGGACUUAGACGAGGAGAUGAGGCGGGGUUGGAGUGUCGUAGCGUUCGAAGAGCGCGUGGGCGUUGGCGGCCUUUGGCGCCCAGAUACUAAGCCCGUUCCCUCUCCGCCAAAGAUCCCUGAGACUCCUCUAUAUGACAACCUCCAGACCAACGGACCGCACCCGCUUCUGACACUACCCAAUACAACUUUCCGGCCGGAGACAGAGCUGAUGGCACCACACGAGAAGGUUCUGCUGUACCAUGAAGAUACAGUCCAGGACUUCAACCUCUCCUCUUACAUCAAGCUGCAGCACUCCGUUCUUGAGACGAAGUGGGUUGGCUCGGCGACGGAGGGCUACUGGGACAUCUCGAUCGAAGACAAACAGCAUGGAAGACUCUUCCACCAAGCCUUCGACCAUCUCAUCGUCGCCACCGGCGGCAAUCACUUCCCUCGCGAUACCCACGUAGCAGGUGAAGACGAAUGGUUUGCCGCCAACAGGACCAUGAUACACUCGAUGUACUUCCGUCGACCUGAUGAUUUCGUUGGACAGAACGUCGUAGUUGUCGGCGCAGGGCCUAGCGGAUGGGAUAUCGCUAUGCAUCUGGAAGGGCACACGAACAUGACGUACUGGGCUCGGGAUACGCGAAAAGAGAACCCUGAUGCUCACGAUUUUCCGAUUCCUACAGGUGUUGAGGCAAGGUCCCGGGUUAUCGAAGUACAUGAGAACGGGACCGUCAACUUCAAAGACGGGACACAGGCGCACGCUAUCCAAUCUGUCAUACUUGCCACUGGCUUCGAGCCUCAAGUACCCUUCCUUACAGCGGCUGGAUUGCUAGACGAGGUUGAGGAACACACAAAUGCGACCAGGCUCCUUGCUAUGAAUGGCCGUUAUGUGCGCCCGAUCUAUGAACAUACUCUUUCACUUGAUCCUAGAUAUCCUCUAGGUGCCCUGUACUUCAAUGGUCUCUUGACCAUUAACCCCACGGGCAUGUGCAACUAUGCGCAGGGGUUGUUUGCUGCAUACACGAUCGCUCGCCCAGAGCUACUUGACACGCGAGAGGACCUAUACGCAGCACUCAUUCGCCGCGAACAGUGCGUCCGCGAGGCCGGAUACGAGCCGUUGCACGUCGGGCACAGGCCCGUGGGAUACGAGGAUAACUGCGAGCACACGCGAUUCGAGGACAAUAUGAUCAACUACCUCAAACACCGCGGACUCGCAGGCCAUCCAGGCGUGCCAUCGAUGGACGUGAACUACACGGAACCGUGGAGGGUAUGGACAUAUGCGAAUGGCUUUGAGCUCCUCAUGGCGUGGAAGCAAGGCGUGCAGCCGUUGGGAGAGGAGUUCGUGUACCGAUGGGUCGAGGGACGCGAGACGGAGGAGGACUGGUUCGAAAUGAUGCAAGAUCUCAUUGCAUGGUGGAGCGAGCACAAGCCAAAACCGCUACGUGGCCUAUUUGAGAGCGUCGCCCGGCUUUGGUCCUAG